AUUGCAAUGCCGACCUAUUGCUGCGUUCUUUGCUGCACACAUAUAAGAACUCGGAAUGCCGAAGAAAGAAAGCUUUGCGAAGUGGUGGUGACACCUGGACCGUGGACUGCAGAACAGAGAAUAACUGUCGAGGAGACUAAGAGGUGCACAGUCGGCCAUCUGUGGAGGACCACUGGAACGGCCAUCGUUGCUGCGAGCUUCGUUGGUGGAAAGAACUCGACAGUCUUCACAUCUUACAGAUGCAAGCGUCGAUUCCGCCGGUCCGUAUGUCAUCUAACCCUUCCUGCAAGAUGUCCCCGGUCUACCAUUCCUCAGCAGGCAGUUCUUCAUCUUCACACUAGCGUCCUCUGCGUUCCGAUGGACCUUUGCUUCAAGAUCUGCAACAAAUCGCCUUGGGAACCUUUUCAUAUGACGCAUGCAACUGACAAGCUCUCGGGUCGUUCGCGUACAACUUCCAGCCUUUGCUUCGUGAACUCCCCAAGUCGAUCAUCCUUUAUAAGAGUAUUGUGUCUCCCUGCGUGGUGGUCUGCAGUGACCUGGCUUUUCGACCAUCGAUGGACGCUACAUCCAAAUACACAUUGCAUGCAACGUCCUCCCUAUCUCUCUUGAAUGGGCAAGACAAUCCUUCAGAAAAUUCCUGUCCUGUGGCCAUGGUGUACCUCCAUCCACAAGGAUUCACCUUCUGUUUCCUGCCUCUUGCUUGCUUCAUGGGAGUGCAUCAUGCAAGUAACCCAUCAUUGUGGCCUACCCUCCUGUCUUCACUCUUUGCGAGGACUCUUUGGCGUUGCUGCUAGUUGUCAUUCCGCUGGUACCACUAGAUCAUAACUAUCGGAUGACGGACUGUACCUCGCAUUGCCGAUCUGUGGAACCACACAUGCCUACUAGCUGCUCAUGAAAUCCUGUGUAACGUACUUUCAGUGAUAUUUUAGAUGCGAAGCAGCUCUUUG